AUGGGAGUCCAAGAGUUCUUUAAUUUACCAGUUUUCCUCUUCAUGUUGGUAUUGUUUCAUUCAGUUGUUGCUCAGUACCACUGUGAUACACGGGAAGUCUCCAUCUUUGGUAAGAUGCUUCAAAAACACAUUUUUAAAACAAUCACUGGAGCAGCACUCAGUGAUGUGUGUUUGCGGGAAUGUUAUCGUGACGUCAGAUGCCAAAGCUUUAACUAUGUGUUCACCCAAGGCAAGUGUGAGCUGAGUAACCGCACAAAGGAAGCCAGGCCUGAAGAUUUUGUACCCAGCUCUGAGAGAUAUUACUUCAGACGGUAUAGGAAGAGAGGUGAGCAUCAAGGCAAAAUGAUUCGGCUAACUGCUAUAGAGGAGAUAUGGCCUUUUUUCUUCACCUUCUCGUGUUCUUAUUUUCUAUUCUAGCUAUUCUCGGUGCCAUUCCCGAGCUUUCUGCAGACUCGUGCGAGGAAAUCAAGGCCAGUGAAGGUGGACAAGCGGUCAGCGGAAAGUACUGGCUGAAUUUCAUCAAACCUGACACUCCUGUGUUGGCUCAUUGUGACAUGAAAACUGAAGGUAGAGUAGGACAGUUAAACAGAAUGGAUAUACACUAAAAAGUACUGUACCUUGCAUAAAAGCUAAUAAUCAGCUUUUCUGUCAAGUACAAUUCUUUCUUGUUGUUGAUCGUAAGUCUGAUCGUUUGGAAGGAACACUUGGAAAAGAUUGUUACCAUGUCAAAGAAAAUUUAGAAAUGUUCGUAAUCGUUUAAGAUUUGUUCCUUGGAAACUAGUUAUGAAGCAGCAAGGAACUUUUCUUUCAGCCCUAACAGAGCCGAUGGCUGGAUCUUGAUCUAACAGCAGGAAACUAAAUUAAACUAAAACUAAAUGAAUAAAGACUAAUAAUAGCACUAAAUUACCUGCUAAACUAAAACCAAGUCACAUCACCCUCGAAGAAACGCCCGCGCAUUUCGAAACAUGGCGGUUUUUUUUUCUAUCUUAUCUUUUAUCUUAUUUAUAUAAUUCAUGUUUCAAUCCAUGUACGACAACAGAUAACGGCAAGAAUUGCAUAUCCAUAGGCUGGAAUCUAUUUUUUUCAAAGUAGGAUUUGAUAACUAUUGACUCAUUUGCAUCCCACUAAGUAAGGUGAACUCGUUGUUUAUGCUUCGCUUUUAUUCUCAACACCAAGCAACGAUUCAAUAUGUUAUGGGAAUGAUAUACAUAGAAACUCUUGGAGAGCCUGCUCGAUAAAGCUGUUUGAAACACACACUCCUUGAUUUUUUUUAAAAAGUGACUAAUUUGAUAUAAGAGGAUCUGAACAUCAAUUUGCUUAAAAUUGUGCUUCGUGAUCAAUUUAUAUUGUCACUCUAAACGAUUUGGAUAUUCAUAUACAGAUGCUGACGAAUGUAAUACCUCCGUUAGUGUUUGUGAUGUGAACGCUGACUGCAAAAACACAUUGGGAUCGUAUCGCUGCUCUUGCAGAUCCGGUUUUUCUGGAGAUGGACAUACCUGCAAAGGUGAGAAGAAAUUUUAGCAGAAAACGUACAGUUCUCAUAAAGCAAAUGUCGUUGCGAGGAGUUAUUUCUCUCAGCUUUCUUCGACCAUUACUUCAUUAGAUUUGAAAUUACUUCGCGUCAACAACUUAUUCUUUAUUUAAAUUUAAAAGUUCAGUACAAAUGCUCUGGAAUCUUCGCGUUGUUUUCUUUUGAUUAGAUAUUUUUUAAUUUCAUCCUGUUGCAAAGAUUUUAUUAUGCGUAUCAGCGAUACGGCGGAACUUCCAUGAUAAACCCCAUACAUCUUGCACUUUAAUUUCCAGGUGUUGACCCUAUUCGCAAUAGUGUUUGCUAAGUGUGCAGCUCUCUCGGUUCACUGUUCAAUUGAAGGUGACAAAAUACUGGGGAAUAAACAAAUACGUCAAUCUAGAGGCCACAGAAUUUUCAUAGAAGGAAGAAAAAGUAAUUUGACUUUCCUUUGUGGGAAGGAUGCGCGUUUUUUGAAUGGUCCUGAGGGAGACUAAGAAGAAUAAGUCAGCUGUUAAUGUUUUACUUUUUUACAGAUAUUGACGAAUGCAACGCUUUCCCUUCAUCUUGUCCAAUUUAUGCCAAUUGCGAGAACAUCUUAGGCUCUUAUCACUGUUCCCGCAGACCUGGUUUUUUGGCGAUGGUACAACUUGUUACCGACAUUUGGGUUUGAAUAUUUGGAUAUUUGGGUUUUAAGACACACUAACUAACUUGUUAUUUUCAACGCUUCAAAUUCAAUUCACAUUUUUUGUGAACAUUUUCCCCUAAAAGUUUCACAGGUAUCACGUUCAUAGCAUAUUUCCGGCGUAAAUACUUUUUUCUUUUUGAAGGUACUGUGAAUCUCAAAACCGAUGGAAGAAGAGGACGCUUUGGUACUAUACAGACGUUCACUGUUCCAAGGUCCACCCGCUAUCUCAUCAAAGCCUGGGGCGCUCGGGGAGGAACACAUUCAUUCGAUUAUGGAGACAAUCCAGGAACAUAUUAUGGUGGAAAGGGAGCGUUUAUAGAAGGCAAGUUCAGACUGAAUAAAGGAACAGUGUUAAAUAUUGUGGUGGGACAAAGAGGAGGAGAUUCAGUGGAGGUUAAAGGCGGACAAAGCACUAACAUGACAGCAGCUCAAUUAGGAGUGUCCGUGGAAGACAAUGCUGGCACUGGAGGAGGGGGAGGAAGUUUUGUUUACACUACAGCUGCUGUUCUGUUGCUGGCUGCCGGAGGAGGAGGAGGUGCGUCGGGUGGAUAUAAUGGUGUGGAUGGUCAGGCGGAAUCAAAUGGCACCAGUAGUGUAGGGCAGGUUUCGUCACAAGUUCGAAAUGGAGGCACAGGUGGGCAGCCAGGUGAAUGCAACAGUGAGGGCGCUAGCUAUCAUGGAGGUGUGGGAGCGGGUUGGUUUGGUCAAGGUUGUACCCGACUAGGCCCCUCCCAUGGGGAAAGAGGUGGAUCACGCGCGCAAGCGUGGAUCGGAGGUCAAGCCGGAGGUAUGAAUAGUGGUAAUAACGGGGGCCCUGCACCAGGAGCAGUUGGUGGGUUUGGUGGUGGGGGAGGUGGAUCAGAGGAUAAUGGUGCAUCAGGCGGAGGUGGUGGGUACUCUGGGGGAGGUAGCGGUACCCAUGCGAAACAAACCGGAGGUGGAGGAGGCUCGUACUGCAAUGGCCAAGAUUGUUCCAGUUUGACUGGUGGGAACUCGAAUGAUGAUGGCCUUGUGCAAAUUACAGAAUUGUUGGGCUGA